AUGGACGCACAUGGAAUACAGCUCAGCAAACCUCCGGGCGUGAAGCCCGAGGCCUCAUUCUUCAACAUUACCAACUCCCUCAACCUGAUCGCAUCUCUUUCACCCACACGCGAACUCCGUCUUGCAACCGUCCUAAUUCUCCUCAACCUAGUAUUCUUCCGCCUUGCCUCUGUCCUUACCCGGAAGCCUAUCUUUCCCCGCCCCCCCGCCUCCGACAAACACCCGACUCAUGUCCUGGUCGUACUCGGUUCCGGCGGACACACGGCCGAAAUGCUUAACAUGCUCUCUCAAGCCCCGCGUUUUCAACUCGACUUCACGUACCGGACGUACCUAGUCAGUUCCGGUGACAGUUUCUCUGCGUUGAAAGCGCACGAAUUCGAGAAAUCAAUGCUAUCCCAACUACACAACGUCGCGAGCUCGGUUCCCGAAGGGACUAGCUCAAACUAUGACGUCGUGACCGUUCAUCGCGCGAGGCGUGUGUACCAGAGUAUCCUGACGGCGCCGAUCUCCAGUCUGCAGUGUUUAUGGGAUUGUUCCGCUGUGCUAAGAGGCACGCAUCGAGAUUAUAAACCUCUACGAAACGAAACGGGAAAGGCAGGGUUCUGUGAGAGGGCGAGAGGCUAUCCUGACCUAAUUCUUACCAAUGGACCCGGUACAGGUGUCAUCGUGAUCCUAGCAUCGAUCAUUUUACUUUUCUUCGGCUUUGGUGGACCAUCGUCCUCAGCUCUCAGUAUUCUCUCAGACAGAAGCCACCGCCUGCACCCACAGAGCGGCCAAAUGCGCAGUAUCUUCAUUGAAAGCUGGGCACGCGUCAAGACCCUAAGUCUCAGCGGUAGGCUGCUGAAGCCGUUCGUCGACCGUUUCCUUGUGCAGUGGCCACAGCUGGUGGAGGCAGAGGGGAAAAGGGUCGAGUAUAUCGGGCCGCUGGUUACGUGA